AUGUCUUCCGACGAAGUUUAUGAGGGUGCCAUCGGCAUUGAUCUUGGCACCACCUACUCGUGCGUUGCCAACUACGAGGGCAACAAUGUCGAAAUCAUUGCCAACGAGCAGGGUAGCUUCACAACCCCCUCCUUCGUCUCCUUCACCGAUGAGGAGCGUUUGAUCGGUGAGGCGGCCAAGAACCAGGCUGCCAUGAACCCCCAGAAUACCGUUUUUGAUAUCAAGCGGUUGAUUGGACGGAGAUUCGACGACCCCGUUGUCAAGAAGGAUGUCGAGUCGUGGCCUUUCAAGGUCGUUGACCAGGGCGGAAACCCCGUUGUCCAGGUCCAGUAUCUGGGCGAGACCAAGACUUUCUCUCCCCAAGAGAUUUCUUCUAUGGUCCUUAUGAAGAUGAAAGAGGUUGCUGAGACCAAACUUGCCAAGAAGGUCUCAAAAGCCGUCAUCACCGUCCCAGCAUACUUCAACGACAACCAAAGACAAGCCACCAAGGACGCCGGUGCAAUUGCCGGUCUGAACGUCCUCCGUAUCAUCAACGAGCCCACCGCUGCCGCCAUUGCCUAUGGUCUUGGCUCAGGAAGAUCCGAGAAGGAGCGCAAUGUCCUCAUAUACGAUCUCGGUGGAGGAACUUUCGAUGUCUCCCUUCUAAACAUCCAGGGCGGUGUCUUCACUGUCAAGGCUACUGCUGGUGAUACCCACCUGGGAGGACAGGACUUCGACACCAACCUUCUCGAACACUUCAAGAGGGAAUUCGAGCGCAAGACCAAGAAGGAUCUUUCUGGAGACCCCAGAGCCCUCCGCCGUCUGCGCACUGCUUGCGAGCGUGCUAAGCGUACUCUCUCCAAUGCCACCCAGACCACCAUUGAGAUCGAUUCUCUCUUCGAUGGCGAGGAUUUUAACUCUCAAAUCACCCGUGCUCGUUUCGAGGAUCUGAACGCCAAAGCAUUUUCUGGCACUUUGGAACCUGUCCAGCAAGUCCUCAAGGACGCUAACAUUGACAAGAGCAAGGUUGACGAGAUCGUCCUUGUGGGUGGUUCCACUCGUAUCCCCCGCAUCCAGAAGCUCCUCAGCGACUUCUUCAAUGGCAAGAAGCUCGAGAAGAGCAUCAACCCCGACGAAGCCGUCGCCUACGGUGCCGCCGUCCAGGCCGGUAUCCUCUCCGGCCAGGCCACCUCCGCCGACACCAACGACCUCCUCCUUCUCGACGUCGUUCCCCUCUCCCUCGGUGUUGCCAUGGAGGGCAACAUCUUCGCCCCCGUUGUACCCCGCGGCCAGACCGUCCCCACCAUCAAGAAGCGCACUUUCACCACCGUCGUCGACAACCAGCAAACCGUACAGUUCCCCGUGUACCAGGGUGAGCGCACCAACUGCGAAGACAACACCUCCCUCGGAGAGUUCACUCUCGCUCCCAUCCCACCCAUGAAGGCUGGUGAUGCGGCCUUGGAAGUCGUUUUCGAGGUUGAUGUCAAUGGUAUCCUUAAGGUUACUGCUACGGAGAAGUCCUCUGGUCGCAGUGCCAAUAUCACCAUCUCCAAUGCCGUUGGCAAGCUUUCCAGCACCGAGAUUGAGAACAUGAUCAACGACGCCGCUAAAUUCAAGUCCAGCGACGAGGCCUUCAGCAAGCGCUUUGAGUCCCGCCAGCAACUCGAAUCGUACAUCUCCCGCGUCGAGGAGAUCAUUUCGGACCCAACCAUGUCCCUGAAGAUCAAGCGUGGCAACAAGGAGAAGAUCGAGUCCGCUCUCAGCGACGCCAUGGCCCAGCUGGAGAUUGAGGAUUCGUCCCCCGAGGAUCUGAAGAAGAAAGAACUGGCUCUUAAGCGGUUGAUUACUAAGGCGAUGGCUACGCGGUAA